CAUGUUAGGAUCAUCUCAGCCUGAUGUACGGGCGGAUGUAUGUCGUGAAACCCUCGAGCUACAAAACAGUCAGGUCAGGUCAAGUCAAUGUUACGAUCUCAGCGAGAUAGACCAUGUGCAACCAUGUGUUACGCAGUGUGUUACGCAUAAAAGUAAAUAAUAACGCCCGCUUUCUUCUUAACUGUGAUAGCUUGACGCAAAGAUUUACUUAUUUGUACCUGUGAUAUAUAUAUAUACAUAUAUUUACAUAUAUAUAGAAUUGAAAUCAAUUGUUAUUGAUGUUUACAAAUGAGAUAUUUUUGAUAUAUCAAAAUAUACACGUGAGACAUCUCCAAUUUCCGUCGAGAAAACCUUUUCAUACAUGUGCUCUCCAAUUUGGUAAAUAAACCAUAUAAUAAAAGCGAAGCUAUACCUUAUUUCGCGUUCUCGGCUGAAGCUACUUAUUUUACGUUGGAAAAACGUCUCACUACUAGAUAGCGGUAUCCAAACUAAAGAUUAGAUAAUCGACUCUCGUUAAUUCAACCACAAAGACACAGAAUUGCACUAUCAAAAACCACAGGCCAUUUUUUCUUGAAUGGAUUUUAUCGCACCAGUGCAUGUGCCUUCCGGUGAUAUAAAAGAGUUUAUUAUAUCAGUGUGUUGACACUGAAGGACAGAGUUUGAGUGUAACAACAGAGAAUGCAAAAGUAGGUAGUGCAUCAAACACCACGGACAAUGUCGAGUAGCAAUCAAGUGACGGAAUCGCGUCCUUUUAACACGUUACAAGAAUUGUACGAUGCCUUCGACAAUGGACCGGACAGAUCUUGGACGGGACACGGCAUGCCAGCGGUGUAUAUCGCAGAGUCUACGGACUACGUGUACCGAGGUUCGGAAAUUAACUCAGGAAACAUUCCAUUGGAAAAAGUAGACAGAGAGGAUCAGCCUAGAACACUGGUUUGUCACGAUAUGAAGGGUGGCUAUCUGGAGGACAGAUUCUUAUGGGGAUCCACUUCUCACGACUCUUAUGUGUUUUAUCACUGGAAUGUGGUUGACACAUUCGUUUACUUCAGCCACCACUUUGUGACUAUUCCGCCUUACGGUUGGAUCAAAGCUGCUCACCAACACGGUGUGAAAGUACUAGGUACUGUAAUUACGGAAGGGAACAACGACACCUGGGACAAAAUUCUAGUAUCGCGGGAGGAAACGAGAAGAUUUGCGAACAUCCUGGUAUUGGUUGCAAAGUGUUACCAGUUUGAGGGCUGGCUGUUGAACGUUGAGAAUAAGAUCAGACAAAACGAUAUAAACAACUUGAUCUAUUUUGUUCAGUAUUUAACGGAAAGUAUUCACAAGGAGAUCGAGGAUUCCGAGAUUAUUUGGUACGACAGUGUCACUAAAAACGGAGAUUUAAAUUGGCAGAACGAACUCAACGACAAUAACAAAGACUUUUUCUUAAACUGUGACGGCAUAUUCUUGAAUUAUACUUGGACGGAGUUGCAACUCAGCAACAGUCAUGCGUUAGCGAAGAAUUUAGGUCGCAACAUUAAGGAUAUUUAUGUAGGAUUGGAUGUUUGGGGAAGAGGAUGUCCAGGCGGUGGUGGAUUUAACUCCGCAUAUGCGCUGAAUUUGAUACGGAAACACGAUCUUUCCGUAGCUAUUUUUGCACCAGGCUGGACGCACGAGUACUUUGGACCCGGUACCUUUCAAACACUGGAGGAUUUAUUCUGGGCUCAAUUGUUUCCGUAUUUGUACGUACACGUGCCCAUUUACGACAACGAAACCUUCAAGACGUCUUUCUGUCGAGGCGCCGGUGUCUGUUAUUAUUACAACGGCGAGGAGCACUUCGAACCGUACAUGAUGAAUGGCGAGAGAACACGGGAAAAGAAAGCGUUUUACAAUUUGCGAAUGCAGCAGUCUCAGCUCUCAGUUCCCGUGCCGCAUUUGCAAUUUACGCAAUCCACGCGACGAGUCAUUGAGAAUAACGAAGAUGAUGAACGUAAUAAUGACAACAGAGGCGACGGGGAUUCGAAGAAAGUGCAAAAGCGUAUAGAACGUGUCUACGAAAAUGUAAGAAACGUUAUACGAGUGAUCGAUAACCUCGUCAGUUUCGAAGACAAAUCGCCCGUACCCAACGUUAAUACUUUCGAGUUUUGCAAUGAAUUCUCGUACAAAGGCGGUGGAUGUUUGAAAUUGACUACCAGAGAUUACAGAUUAUAUCACAGAUUAUUUUUGGUACACAUUGACUUCAAGCAGGACAUCCAGGCGACGAUCGUUUACACAGGAUUCGAAACAAACGCUCUGGAGGACGAUUCUCGCAAAGAUCCCGUCCUCGUUGUGGGCAAUAACGGUAAUUUGAAAUCGAUUCUUCCGUACGAAUCCGUCAGAAUAAACAAGUGGAAGAAGUGCACUUAUUUGACAAACCUGAGGAUCGUGGAAGAGAUCGGCGUGUCCUUUCAGGUGGACUGCGAUUGUUACUUGGGCGAGAUCGUUUUGGAAAAGAGAGAUCAACGUUUCGAUAAUUGCGAUCCUGCGUAUAUUACCAGCCGGAUUAGCAAUUACCACAUUCAACGAUCUGCUUCAAAUUCGACGGAGCGCGAUCGUUCGCCGUCACAGGAGUUAGAUCGAAAAUCGCCGACAGUUUAGAACAAAUUCAUAAGAUACACGUCG